UUGACAUCUUUUCCCUAGUAUCAAUUGCAGCCUUCCAUUUCCACCUUUUCAAUAUAGCUUGCCAGUCAUAUGGCAUAUCCUUUCUACUCCUACGUUUCACAAAUUUAGGGUAACAUUUACGUAAACGAAAAAUCCUCAUCAGUGGAAAAAAACAUGGUGAACUUUUCCAAAAAUUUCAGGGUGAGAACUAUGUAUGGAGCAAUGGCAACCACAGUCUUUGCCAGCGUUUAUCUUGCGGGGGCUUAUAUAUUUCGUGCAUGCGCUAUAAGAAAAGAAGAGGCACAAGGCCAUAGACUUACGAGGUCCAUGUCCAUCGCAGUCCUCCAAGGAGGGCAGCUUGCCUUGCAGAGAUUGCUUGAAUAUCAUGAAGUUCGAGCAGACAAAUCAGCAGUGGAGGUAGCUGAAUGUGAGUUGAGGACUUUCCUUGUGGAGCAAUACCCUGAUUACAAGAAGCUGCAGUCAGUUGUUGUGAAGCUUGAAAUGAGUGGAAAAGAAUCCAAGGCAAUUGAAAUAUUGGCAAAAGCGAUAGCAAAGGCACAUAACGAAGGAAAAAAACAUGAAGCAUAUGAAAAUGAGAUGCUAUUAGUGGAAAUGCUUAUAUACAAGGGUGACUUUGAGGAGGCGCUACGCCGUGAAUGCUUGCGGCACGUAGAGAUUUCAGAUGCAAGGCGUCCCCUGUACAAGGCUAUUAUUUACAUCAUGUUCAAGUGCGACAAGGAUCAAAUUAUAGAAUGCUGGAAAGAAUUUAAUGUUCUGAAAGAAUUCCAAUCUUUGCCUAGUAACAACGAAAGCUUGGAAGAAAGUCACAUUUAUAAUCUCAGUACAAAUUACGACGAGUUCGAGAAGGUCGUCAACAUACUAAGAAAUGACAUAGAGGGGAAAGCAUGGAAGAAAAAGAAAUAAGAGAUGAACUUUUCACUAGUAAAUUCCCUUUGCUCUCAGAAAACAAAGGGAAAAAAGAAAGCAAUCACACAUGGAAGUGAUAAGUUCAAGAGUGGCAUAUUUCAUUCAUUUUGUACUCGUUCUAAAGUUCAUUACAAAUUUCCAAUUAACGAAGCAUUACCUUUUACUUUUGGGUCAAGAAAUCAGAAUAUUAUGGAAGCCCAAAUUCUGGUCAUUAACAGUUUGACAAAUUUAAUUUCGUUAACCACACUUUGGCGACAAAUUUAAGUUCGUCAAGAAAUUGGAAUGAUUGUUUUUAACCAUACU